AGUGCGACAAAUAGUUCCUCCGAGCAUACGUUUAUAUACUAGCCACAUGAAAUACUGCCGAAAACAAUUAACUUAGUGCGAAGUGUAAGUGUGCAGUGAAGUUGAAUAAGAAACAAUGUUUGACGUUUUCGGCUCCGUCAAGGGGCUGCUAAAAAUCGAUCAAGUAUGCAUCGACAACAACAUAUUCCGCCUGCAUUACAAAGCCACCGUGAUCAUUCUCAUAGCUUUCUCUCUGCUAGUGACGAGCAGGCAAUACAUAGGCGACCCCAUAGACUGCAUCGUCGAUGAAAUUCCACUAAAUGUAAUGGACACUUACUGCUGGAUUUACUCGACCUUCACCGUGCCCAACAGGCUGGUAGGAAGAAUAGGCCAGGACAUCGUCCAGCCUGGCGUUGGCAGCCACACAGACGGCAAAGACGAAGUUAAAUACCACAAGUACUACCAGUGGGUGUGCUUCGUGCUCUUCUUCCAAGCCAUGUUGUUUUACGUGCCGCGCUACCUGUGGAAGACCUGGGAAGGCGGUAGGAUCAAGAUGCUGGUCCUUGACCUCAACUGUCCUAUAGUCUCUGACGACUGUAAAAACGACCGAAAACGUCUCUUAGUCGACUACUUCACUACGAAUCUUCGCAUGCAGAACUUUUAUGCGUUCCGGUUCUUCAUAUGCGAGGUCCUGAACUUCAUAAACGUAGUCGGACAGAUUUUCUUCAUGGACUUCUUCUUGGACGGAGAAUUUAGCACGUACGGCAGCGACGUGCUCAAAUUCACGGAGAUGGAACCGGAAGAAAGAGAGGACCCUAUGGCUAGGGUGUUCCCGAAGGUAACGAAAUGCACCUUCCACAAAUACGGUCCUUCUGGAUCGGUGCAGAAGUUCGAUGGGCUAUGCGUACUGCCUCUGAACAUCGUCAACGAAAAGAUCUACGUGUUCCUGUGGUUCUGGUUCAUUCUGCUGAGUGUGCUGUCCGGGAUUUCAUUGCUGUACCGAGUUGCUGUCGUCGUUGGCCCUAAGAUCAGGCUGUACCUGCUGAGAACUCAGUGCCGUAUCGCUGCUCCGGAUCAGAUGGAGACCAUAGCUAAUAAAUGCGAGAUUGGAGAUUGGUUCGUGCUGUAUCAGCUAGGCAAAAACAUUGACCCUCUCAUAUUCAAGGAGGUGAUAAACGAUUUAGCGAAAAAGUUAGAAGGCAAAGAGACUGUGUAAUCUUGUGAGGUUCGUUUUCUAUUGUGCCUUACGAACACUCCUAUCAAAAGAAUUGGGAAUACUGAGUAAACGCUUGGCAGCUGAAACGAUUUGCUGCGCCCAGACUUCGUUUCGAGGACGUUCUAUCCGAUGGACCAAUAGUAAAGUUCUGUGAUGACAGAAAAGACUGUUAUUUCCGGCCAGCAUCCUCUUGGGUUCAGCUGUGAUAUUGAUUCUAUUUAAUUAUAAUGGUACAAUAGCUCAAUUAGGUCAUUCCAAACAAUGCUUUUAUUUCCUACUUUCUCAUAUACUGCCAAAUGCAUGUCGGAUGCUGUGUACGAUGUACAAUGAAAUGAUUCGGAGAACCGAUUUCGAAGCUGCAUAAGAUGUUUAAUACAAUCUUUUUGAUCAUAGUAAAAAAAGGUUUCUAUUAAAUUCUCUUCGAGUUAUACAAUGAUAUUAUUUUCUAUUAUUAUUUUUAUAACGAGACUGAAUCAUCUUGCGAAAGACAUUGCCAAUGAUAUUUAUCGAUCAAUAUUCCACGAAUUUUGUUCUUUCUAUAGCUAGCAGCUGUCGAAAUCGUCCUCUCUGUGAUAGAUCUGAAGUAAAUAUGUGUAUGAAGAAUGUUUUAUUUCAUAUUGUAAUUACGAUCAUUAUAAUUUCAAUUUAAUUCAUAUGUGAUGUUUAGGAGAUAGUUUAGACAUAAGUUCCAUACGUACAAUUCCAAUCGAGACGUCAGUACGAAUAACACGAUUUUUUUUAUGAAAUUGUAUUUUAUAUAUUGAAAAAAAUGUGUUCAGACGUUACAUAUUGUGUAUAUUAUAGAGUGACAGAGGGAAACAGCCAAAAGUGCCUUUUGAAAUUUGUAUGGAAUCAUAUUUAAUUGAAAAUAAAAUAAAUUUUAAAAUGUGUAUGACUAUUUACCUAUUUUACCAUUUGAUUAUUAAAACUGUAAUCAAAGAUUGUGUUG